AUGAGGAGGUCACGUGCAGCCUUGCUUGCUUGCGGCUGCAUACUGAUAGUGAGGCUGGCUUUCAAGCUUUCUGCCUUCAGAAUGUAUGCGCGUGCCCCUUCUACAGCAUUUGUGCCAAGACUGUCGGAUGCAGUGGCGUGCUCCAGAGCGCACAGGCAUCUUCCUGCGCGUGUGCUCAUGCGAGCAGGUAAGAAGGAAUGGUUUGGCAUCAAUGAUGUUCGAGUCAUUACGCGCAAUCCAGAAGAUGUUGCUGCGUUCCACGACAAGGAGCGAACACGCUGGCGUGAGGUCUACAACGAGGACUAUGUCGAGUCACCACAGGACUUUUAUCCAGGCGAUCGCAUAGAGGUCAUUGAUGAUGAAUCGGAUUAUGAAGGCCGACAAGGUGUCGUGCUCAACUAUGACUUCGAUGAUGGUUACAUGUCCUGUCAGACCACAAAUUCCCGAUACCCACUGACCGUGAUGCUUGAUGAGGUCUGA